AUGGAAGAAGAACGAAAAUUUAACUCCAACUCGGAUCCAGACAGUGGUGUUGGAAGCGAGGUGGACUCCAAUCAGGCCAGUCCAGUUCCGCGCUGCCAGGUUGAAGACGGCUCCCGCAUCAAGCAGGCAUUCCGUAGAACAGCAGCUAACAAAAAAAUUCAUAAAAAGUUUUCCACGUUGGGAGUUCUGAAUGAACCUGACGAUGAAUUCAAUAGUUACUACCCCAACGAUGAUGUCUUCAUCACAAGUGACGAUUCAAUCAACUCGAUGAAAACAGAUCAAUUUGGCGCACAAUUCACUGGCAUGGCCAACACUGCAAACCCCGUUGAAAGUUUUGUCGCUAACUCAUACGUUGUUUCAAAUAGUAGGCGGGGAGUUAUGAAUAAGAAUGGCUACAUAAACAAAAACAUCACAACAGAUAACGUCAAAAGUUCAUUCAGUGUCGUUAAUGACUACACGGUGGCUGACAGUGUCAGCACUUCAAAUUAUGAAAGCGAUGUAAGCCAGCAACUUUUUGACAAAUCUCGCAUCAUCAGCUGCAAUCAAAUACAACAUGACAACAUCAAUAGAAACAUCAAACACGUCAACAACGGCAAUAUUUAUAAUUAUAACGAUUAUAAUAAUAACAAGUUCAACUGCAAGAAGAUCACAAACGUAAGCACACUCUUCAUAAACGGAAAUAAAGCUAACAUUAAUCACACAAAAGCGAAUAACGUUGACGAGUUUUAUUUUAUUAAUAGCAGCGAAAGUGGUAACAACAAAACUCCAACCAGCAAGUUAGUUAGCAUGGAAAACAAUGAUAGCAGCAACCAACACACCAACACCUUCAACAUAAAUUCUCAAUUCACAUUUAACAAACAACAUGACAUUCAUCCGCAUCGACAGAUCUCUUUCCCUACCUCUCCAUCAUCAACCAUCACUCACAAGCCAUUUAAAAUUCACUCAGUGGCCUGUACACCCAUUCUACCAAAAUACUUUCGCAGCAUUUCAUGUCCGCUCGGACAGCAGACUCCUCCCUCGAACCGAAAUCCUCUCCCAACGUAUGACGAGGUGGUUGAAUUUAAAAAAUCUUCAACAAACAUCACUGAGGAUACGAAACAAGAUAUCAACGGGCAUGUCAUUGAAAGGGUUCCUCUACAUAAUGUGCAGCACCGUAAAAUUUUUAAUGCAUCAAGCAACUCGAAAGAGAAUGGGUCUUUACAGAAGAAAUUAGAACAGACAACCAUCAACACAUUACAUUCACAUUCACAAAUUCCAUAUUUCUGCUUGUUGACCCCAGAAAAAACUCAAACUCUACCUAAGUUGGAGACUCCCAAGAGUUACUUGCCUAAAAAAUAUGGAAAAGUAUUACUCGAUCAGAAAAUGACUAAUCUGAAUAUUAGUAAGACCACCACUAAAUUAAAUAACAUCAUCACGGAUAAGAAAAAUAACAAUGAUGAUGACAACAUCAAUUUUAACAACGACAAUUCUAAUUUGAAUAACAAAGUUACCAGCACUGAAAAUCUUCAUUUUAAUAAAUCUAGCCACGUUAUUAAAUCAACGAAUGAAAUCAGCAGUUUGAAUAAAAUUAUGCUGAAUUCUAUUAAAACUGAUAAAACUGGCAGCAAUCGCAAAGUCGAACGAACAGAAAAAUUUCGAUCGACAAGCGAAAGCAAUCAAAACCAGACUCGUGUUUCUAAUUUUGAAAAUUUUGACAACUUACACCAUAACUCAAAAAUUAAAACAAAAACGUCGCCAUCCUCUGCAUCAUCCACACCAAACAAAAUGCACAACGAGAGUGACGUUGAUAGCUGCAGCAGCAGUAGUAACACAACGCCCAGGAAGUUUUUCAGGUUUUUAUCGCUUACUUUUAAAUCUAAAAAGACUCCAAAGAUGGCUCCAAAGGCAUUCGAAAUGUCGGAAAUUGUUAAACCGCCGAUUGUUGAUAAGUUGAAGCCGAACGAAAUGUCUCUAAGCAACAACCCCAUUAAUUAUCAUUCCUUGGAUAAAAAUACCGACAAGAAAAUAAAUGCUUAUUCAUUAGACAGGACUUCUGCGAAGGUGCGACUGAAUUUUGACAACGGAGGCAGUUCAAACACCUCUACCUCCACAAAGAGCAGUUUGAAAAAUAAAAAAUUCCUGAGGUCGUUGUCGACAACACCUGAAACAAAGAUUGUUCAUUUUGAAAAUGAUGAUUCAUCCGCGGUACAUUCUCAAAAAUUUAGAACUUUUGAACUUAAAAAAGAAUUAGAAAAACGCGUGUUUGAAUUGUAUCAAAAUGACAGUUUAAACGACACGGCGAAGGAAAACUCAGUUGACAACAUACCAGACAAUAAUCCCAAUUCAAAAUCUCAGUACGAAACUAAAAAAUUCCGCUUGUUGCAUUCAUCUAGAAAAAUGUUGAUACAUUGCAAAGAGUUGUCUUUGCUGGUUGUAGAUAGUAACAUAAAUGUGGAAACAACGAAGAGGUUAUGUUUGAAGAGAUACCAAGACUUUUUAGCUUCAUUCAUCAAUUUUAUUGAUUCGUUUGUUUCGUUGAAAUCAUCAGCCAAUUCACUCGACACAAAAAGGGAACUAUCAAGUUUAGGACAGGAGCUGUUGUUGAGCGGUCUGUCCAUUAGCGAUAAAAGCGUCAUUUGGUUUCAAAAUGGAAGCCUGAGCAAAGACCAUCUGAAUGAGUACAAGAAUUGCAUCAAUAAAUUUUCACAUCUCUGCGCUCGACUUUCGUGCGUAUUGAAGGAAUCGAUUGAAUAG